CAACAAACUCCACUGUCAGAGCGCUACGGAGCAGCAAAAUUUUGCUAGCGUGAAGCUAACGCUAGCAAUCAUAACAGCCCCCCAACCCCCAACUAAAUUCGGGGCUUGGUCAUAGGGCUGUUCCGUUGGCUACCUAUCAGCUGGCUAAAAUAGGGUGACCAUGCAGAAAUAUGAGAAACUCGAAAAAAUCGGCGAGGGUACAUACGGGACUGUGUUCAAGGCUAAAAACAGAGACACCCACGAAAUAGUGGCCCUGAAACGAGUCCGUUUGGACGAUGACGACGAGGGCGUGCCAAGCUCUGCUCUGAGAGAAAUCUGCCUGCUGAAGGAGCUCAAGCAUAAAAAUAUAGUCAGGCUGCACGACGUGUUGCACAGCGACAAGAAGCUAACGUUGGUCUUUGAAUAUUGUGACCAGGAUCUAAAGAAGUACUUUGACAGUUGCAAUGGAGAUUUAGACCCUGAAACAGUAAAGUCGUUCAUGUUCCAGCUGUUGAAAGGGCUGGCUUUCUGUCACAGUCGCAAUGUCCUUCACAGAGAUCUUAAGCCGCAGAAUCUCCUCAUCAACAGGAACGGAGAGUUGAAGCUGGCUGAUUUCGGGCUUGCUCGAGCAUUCGGGAUUCCUGUUAGGUGUUAUUCAGCCGAGGUGGUGACAUUGUGGUACCGACCCCCAGAUGUGCUGUUUGGUGCUAAACUUUAUUCUACCUCCAUUGACAUGUGGUCUGCUGGCUGCAUAUUUGCAGAGCUCGCUAACGCCGGAAGGCCUUUAUUUCCCGGGAAUGACGUGGACGACCAGUUGAAAAGAAUUGACACGUUGUUGGGCACGCCGACAGAAGAGCAGUGGCAGACCAUGACCAAGCUUCCAGACUACAAGCCAUAUCCUUUGUAUCCAGCCACCACCUCACUGGUCAACGUGGUGCCCAAACUCAGUAGCACAGGUCGAGACCUACUCCAGAACCUUUUGAAAUGUAACCCGGUCCAGAGGAUCUCCGCGGAAGAAGCCUUGCAGCAUCCUUACUUUGCCGACUUCUGCCCGCCUUAAAUCCUUCAGGGUCUCCCGGCUCAACAUCAGCUGCCAAUCAAUCCACUCCUCCCGUCACGCGAGCAGCUCCACGCAGGCCAAUCGUCCCGGAAACACAAUUUCCAAAGCUGCUCUUUUCUCCCACGCACUACCGACUGCGCUCAUUUCACUGGUAGAGGACUACACUUGUAAAACAAAUUGGGUAAACUACCUUUUUAAAAAGAUUUUUUACAUCAACUUUCUGUUCUAAAAUGAAUAAUAUGGAACCACACCAAAACCACAAUUUAUUGAGAAAGUUGACCAAAAUAGACAUUUAUUUCAGCCAGCUCGAGGGUGAAGCAACAGAGCUGCCUUGGGAUGAUUGUUGCCAGGUAAAAUUGGACAACUGCAACACAUUUUCACCAAGUCUCCAUGGAAACUUGGGGCAGACAACACUUCUGCCCAACUCAACAGCAGCGAAAGUACAAUGGUCACCAUGGUGUAGUCAAACCUUAAUUUAUUACUUCCUCAUGUGGUGGCCUGAGGUGUUUCUUCACUGAACUGCAGAAAGUAUCCACAGUCUAAAAGGGGUAUUCGAAUGAGGCUUAUACACAGCUCUGGAAAAUAGUAAGACACUACUGAUUAAGUCACAUUUGUCAGAUUUUGCAAUUUAGAAGUUUAUGUUUGAGUAUAUUGAACAAUUUGGUUUUAUUCCGACUGCAUAAAUCACCAAAUACAAAUAUUGCCAUUUUGAGCACUUAUUUUCAGGAAGAAAAGGCUGUGGGUUUUUUUUUUUCCUUUUUAUUUUUUCCAGAGCUGUAUAUGCAAGUUAAUUUCCACCACUAAUAAUAGUAUAAUACUGUAUAUAUUCUAAAACCCAAAUUCCUUUUCAAAAUAUCCAUACGUCAGCUUUACAGAUGCCGUCUACUCGUCACUCGGAAUGUGUUGUCAAGUUGUACCACGAAAGAAGCUGCUGUCAUUUGCAAUAAAAGUAGAGGGAAAAGUGA